GUGGUAUUUGAUUUGCGCCGGAUGGUAUUUUCCAUCGCCGUGCACGGGGUCACAUUAACUGGAUGUGUUUUUUAUUGCGCUGAUUUUUGUUGUGGCGCGAUCGAAUUUGCUUGGAAUUCGGGAGUCAGCAUAAUAUUUUCGAAAGUCUUUUUGGAUACCACCAGCUAUAGCGAAAAGUAGGCGAGCUCUGUUAUAGCUUGUCGAUGUGUUGUGUUCGUAACUUCUGUUUGCAUAUGUUAGCAGUCGCGCAUUUUCAACAAAGCAUAGGGAUGAAAUAAAAGAGGGGAAGGACGAAAGCAAAGAUAGCAAACCGAUAACAGUUACUCAGAACACACGCACAGCUGACCGAGAACCUGGCCUAACGGUAAAGUGAUUGUGUCGUACAACAAGGGAAACUUGACAGCGAAACGGAAUCGAAAGUCGCCUAAAAUCGCGGAGCAGAGAGGAAAUCAGUCCGCCAACCGCGGGAGCCGAAAAUCGAAAUCGCAGUCCACAAAAGCGAUUCGCAAAGUACUAUCUUGGUGCUACUCUCAUACAAAAUGUUCCAAGUCCUGCCCCGUCCGUCAAGGUCCACGUUCCACUGCAUAGCGGCAUCCGUGGUCACAGUCGUCCUAAUGGCAUGGGCCCGACCGCUGGGCGUGCUAUUCCUGGGACUACUUGGCUACUGGAUCUACUGGACGCGCUGCAGCUUCCGCGUUGUGCCUACGGACGAGCUGCGCGGCAAGAUCAACACCUGGCGGCAGAGGAUCGACGACUGGCGCCACAGCAGUCCCAGCAUGUUCUGCUUGGCCAGCAGCGGUUGCUUGGGCACCCUCGCAGUGCUCGGUCACCUUAUCUCCGGAUCCAUGCUGGUACUGACCAUCCUGGUCGUCUCCGCACUAGUCUCCACCAAGUACACCUUCAAGCUGCUGAAGAUCGAGCACAGGGACUUUCAGUGGUCGGAGAAGCUGAACUACAACAACUUGGAAGCCGAGGCAGAGGAUGAGUUCCUGCCGGAUGUGAACGAGUCGAAUCUGUUUGUGCUGGAGCGGGCCAGCGAUGUGGCCACCAUCAGUUCGCCCACCGAUGCGAAUGACGAGGACGAUGACGAUCGCAGCGACGAUAUACCGUCGGAGCUCCUCAUUCCGGAUGCAAUACCCGAGAUUGACGAGCAUUCCACAGACGAAGACGAUGAACUAGCUCCGCUGGCGCCCAAGAGGCAGGAGAAGUCGCAGCCACGGGAGCAGCUGGCCAAAGAGAGCGAAGAUAUGAACUUCCGAAAAGGUCACUUCAAGCGUGACUCGUCGCUGUCCACCACCUCCUCCUCGUCGGAGGAAAGCCUGUCAAAGGGGCUGCAGUUCCCCGAUCACAACACCGUAGAUGCCGCUGGUAACCCUCAGUUGCGUCAGAUUACCGCUGGCACGGAUCCCGCCGGCGAGCUUGUGGCCCUCGCCGUGAAAACGCAGGCUCAGGCGCUCCUGGCGAACAGCGGGAAGCUCCUGCCCAGCCUUGUUUCCGGCCUGGUGCACUGGGAAGCAGGUGGUGCUGCUGCAGUCGGUACCAGCUAUGGCACGGAUGCAAGUCGAGAUCGUGAGCAGCAGCGUAUUGUCACCGCCCUGGAUUCGUCGGACGAGAGCGAUUUUGAGAUACUCGAAUCGGAUGACUUUAAGUAAAGAUUGGAUCAAUCGGCGAUCGGCUCGAUUUGUCGUAUUAUAAAGCUAAUGUCUUAACAUACAUAUGCAUACACAAAUAGGACUCAACAAAUCGACAGACAGACGGCGCCAACGAAUGGAAUAGUUAUAUUUUCCCUGGUAGAGAUCAGUUAUAUAUUUUGCUACACACUAGUGCUAUAUAUACUUACAUAUAUACUAAACUAAUCAUCCUAAAGUUAAGCCAAAAGUUUUCCCCAUUUUUGUUUUUCUGCCUCUUGCUUUGUACAUUUUUUUGUUUUAUAACCCUAUGCUUAUUACUAUUUUACUUUAUGACUUUAGUUUGUAUUUGUCCUGUGUGUGUUUAUCUACUGACCUCAAACAAAAGAAACAACGAGCGACGGCACGCAACUUGUACAUAUACCACAGAUCCACUUACACUUACCUAUAUGUAUGGGUUUAUUUUGAUGUCGCUGUGAGGGCGUUAGCUACUUAUGAAUCCAAAUCAAAAGAUUGACGCAGCAGUUAAAAAACCAAAAAGGUGCAAAUAAAAAACGCAGACGAAACCAUGAAGAGAUUUGGUUCGGCGCUGUCUGAAAACGUAUUCGCCAUAUAACGUGCACAAAUCAUUUCAGCGUUAUACAAAAUUAGAAGACGCUAUCCGUUUUCUGGCGACUGCGCUGGCCAUCAUUGUGCGUUGUACAACAUAAAUGCAGUAACACACUUUCUUUGUAUUCUUAAUAUUAUUUGCGCCUAAAAUACAUAAGUUAUAAUUUAAAUUGCGAAACAAAACUAAAUGUGAUUUUGUAAAAACAAAAACUGAAAUAAAAAUCAAAAAGACCUCAAGA